AUGAGCAACCCAACCCCUGGUGCUGGGGCUACGGAUACUGAAUUAACGGUGGCGGUCGGAAUCCGCCGUUCGACCAGGCUGCCGGGACCCGAUGGUACACAGAGAGGGCAGAGGAUACAUCAUAUCAUGCCAAGACGCAGUCGCCACUGUGGUGUACAACAGUACAUCAGGGGGCCAAAGGUCCAUUUUCGCUACGACCAACCAGAAACUUAUGAAUUGUACUGUACACUUCAAGGUACACAAGGUUUGCAAACCGGGGUUGCACAGCCAUCGUCUUGCGCCCCAGUAAGAGUGAAGCGCACGAGUCGCUCGCCCUCCCAUGCCUCGAGGUACAAACCAGGCAGGACCUGCCGGCCCGCCCACUAG